AUGAAUGCGACAGGUGGUGCCAACUUGCAAAUAAUCAUCAAAGCAUGUAAAGUACUCCUGAAAUUUUCUCUUUUGGAAUUGGAGAGAAAAAGAGAAUCAAAUCAACCCUUUGUGAAGAAACAUUAUUUAGUAUCCAUCAUUGAAGGACUUUGCAAAGGACAUGGUUGUCUAAAGAGAACAGAAAUUGUCACUUUUACGGCAAUCUUGAAGUCAGCUAAUGUGUUGAAGGCUACUGGCAGUGCAGCAGAAAUACAGAAGGAUACAUGCCGUAGUCAGGGUGAAGACUUUUUUCAAAGGCUUCAAACAGCAUUUACUGAGACUGGAGAGGGUCAUCCAAGCUUCAUCAAAGACAAAAGCAGGACAGAAAAUGAGAAGAGUUUGUCCUCUGAUGCAAGUGGUACUGAUGUCAAGAGCUUCUUUUCCAACUGCAAUGUGGCAGCUCUGAGACAGCUAGGAGGUGGAAGAAUUCUAUUGGAUCUGUGUCUCUCCUUGCCUGAAUUUUCAAAGAUUGCCUUCAAACCAGAAUCAUCAGCAACUUUGAUUAGUUUGACAUCCUCAAGUAUUCAGGGACUUUCCUCUGAGCUUUUGGUUGUGUCCAGCAUAAUUUCCAUUCCAAUAUUGGAACCCCUCUCAGCAACCAGAGUGGAGAAAGUCUGUCAGCUGGCAUUAGGAUGCUUGGAUGUGGCUCUCACAAUUGCUACAGGAAACUUCAACAUAGUAGGAGCUGCAGGAACAACAGGAUUAAGUCGACCACUCUCAGUAAAAAGUCUUGGAAGGUCCUCCUUGUCAAAAGCUUCAGGAGCAAAAUCUGUCAGCAAAAUUUCUGGUGAAGAAGAAAGCCUUGAAAAAUGUGCCCAAAGCAUUUUAGAAAAUAGCAUCAAUGUGUUUGAUGUGAUCUGUGGAGUAAUACAAUCCUCGUCACGAGCUGGUGGUCAAGUAUUGCAGAAUGUUCACAUGUUAGCCGCACACAGGAUUAUUCAAAGUCUACUUCCCGUGUUGGGACUUACAGAUGAAGACUGUACAUCCAAGGAGAGUGCUGCUUCUAAAUUCAAAUGGUUACAAGGAGUGAACACACUGGUGGUUGUGCUUGCCUCACGUGCAAUCACUCUCCUGUCUUCUCUUUUGGAAGAGCUGCAGGUGGAAGGAUUACUGACGGACAUUGAAGAUAAACAUUCUACUAUUGGGUCUGACUUCUCUGUCAACUCACGUUGUUCUGCUUGGAAGAGAGUGAAGAAACUGAUGGAUGAACUACCUCUGUUGAAUUACUUGUUUGCACAGUUUUCUACUUUGUACAAAAUGGCUACUGCCAUGAUCACUCCAACAGUGUCAGCUGGUCAAACAUCCUCACGACCCAGCUCAGCCAAGUCAGACAGCUCAAAAUCUCCAGCUACAUCAUCAGACGAAGGAGACAGUGAAUACAUCUCUUACUCUGAUGGGAGCAGUGAAGAUGAAGAAUCAUUACUUGGUCAGUGGUUUCAAGACACAUUGUCAUCAACAACAACAGUUCCAACUGCCAGCCCACAGCCCCCAACAAGAAAGAAAUCAGAAAGUGGAGACGUGGGAGACAGUGGGACAGAGACCACACCCUCUGGACGGUCUUUCCAGAUGGCACCUGAGGAGUACAUCUACCUGGCAACAUGCACCCUCCAGUUCUUAUCCAAACAUUUACUGAGCAACCCAAUACCAGAAAUGUCAGAGUACAUCAGCCGUUCAUUCACUGAGACACACAUCAUUGGGCUUGUGGGAGUUGUCAAGGAUCUGGAUCAACUUGCUGUGAUCAGCAUGCCAAGUUAUGUUGACAUGGACAAGCUUUGCAGUGCUGUUGAUCAGGCUGUGCACUUGCUUCUUGUAUCAGACUUGCUGACACAACAUCAACAGGAUGUUUUCCUCAGUCACCUGGGCUUGGCACCAUUAGUUGAUGGACCAUGGCCAUUAAAAGUAAGCCAACGUUGUCUGGGAAUCCUUGCUAGGGUGUUACUGGCUCGACAGCAGAAGGCUUUGCACAUUUCUAGCACAGGGAUGGAUAUUGAAGAAUGUAUUACAGUUUGGAAAAGAUUGAUUGACACUCUUAAAGAUUACUGUCUCACAAGUGAGGAUUUAAAUCUACCUACCAUUCCAGAUCUCAAUGUGGAGCAUCUUCAGCUUCUCCUGUUCAUUUUCCACAACUUCUCUCUGAAACAGCGUAAAUCACUUACCACGUAUUGUGUCAGGGUGCUGAUAACAAUUGCCAACUCAUUGUCAAUAUUGCAUUCCCCUCCCCUUGCAAUGGGCCGCCUCUUGUUGUUGUUGGAUUACUUUCUCCAUCAUUUGUCGGCACCACCAGAAGAUCUCUUUAAACAGGUGCAGCAUAACCUGUUUCAAAGCUCUGCUUCAGCCAGCUCAAGGUUUAUGGAGGACCAAGGCUGUUCAGAUCCCUUUGAACCUUUGUAUUAUGCUGCUAAUAAUUCUGAAGAAGACUCUUUGAAAGUCCAUCUACUGGCUGAUGAGCACAAGUUACCCAAGUCUCACAGUUUAACACCCAGAUUUUAUGAGAUAAGAUCUGUACUUGCAGGGGAUGAUAUGGACAAAGAGGCCAGCUCUACACUUCUAAGUUUGUCUGGAGAGGGUCAAAAGUACAAGGAUUUUUAUUCAGCAAUGAUCAAUUUCCUGAUGGUGGGAUCUCAGCCAGAACUAAAGAGCAAUGUGGGGGAUGGUCAUCAUUCAGGGCCAAUUGAUGGUGCAGUUGUGAAGCACAGCUUUAACCUUGCAUGGCGCAUACUAGACAGUCUACCACCAUCAGCUGAUUUUUUUCAGAACCUUUUUCAAGAUCUUGAGAGACAGCAUCUUCAAGUAACAGACCCUGACCUAGCUAAACUUUUGUGUGGUCUGAAGUUUGUGUCAAAACUUGGCACUUCAAGUCCAGAUGCUACCUUCUGUGAAACACUUAAGAAUAGUCUUGUUGAUCAAGGAGUGUCCCAUGAAGACCCUAAGAAAUUGAUUGAUUACGUUACAAGUUUGAGUGGUGAUCUCUACCACAGUGUUAUGAUGGCAAAACAGUUCUUGUUAGAGAUGUUGAAACUUCACACUGAACUUGUCCAAGUAGACACGCCUUCUAAGCUACCAGGACUACUGAACCUAUGCACUCUUGAUGCUGUCAUUGGAAAAACUCAUGUGGCUCUUAAUUCUCUCUUUGGAAACUGUGAUGAAGAUCCUGAUUUAACGCUUGUCGUGGAAAAUGCCAACGAGUUACUGCCUGUGCUCAUUGACUUGAUUUCAUUGUAUCAGAAAUUUGCUGGACUUUGUUUGCUGUUUGGUGCCACAAAUCAGAAAAAUGAUGACAGUGAGGGAAUGGAGGCAUUGCAGGCCUAUUCCAGUGUCCUAAAGAUUGGGUGUAUGCGACUACCUAAGCACUCAUGUCUUCCAGUGACAUUCUUGGCAGGUCUUCCCUCACCUGUGAAAAAACAUUUGGAGAAAUGGAACAACAUUGUGCUCACAAAUUUUCCCUCUGCAUCAUCAUGGAAGACAUCAUCAUGUCUGAUUGAAGUUGGCACAGAAAGCUUUCUGGAUUCUCUGGUGUCAGCCCAUGUGUUGGCUGUCUGUAGUGGUAAUACCUUGGAUAUUGCACCAGCUCUUAAACACACUCUUCGCUCAUUGGUUCAGCUAGCUGCUGAUUUGCUUUCGUGGAGUCCAAACGAAGAACACUCAAUGCAAACCGCCCUGGGGAAGCAACUGUGUGAUAACAUAGUACCACUUAUGGUGGAUGCCACUACAGAGUACUUGUCUGAGCAGUGCAAUACCAUCUUGGAGCGAGUCAUUGGCCCAGCAGACAGUGACAAAUUUGCCAAUUGUAUUCAGUCUUAUGUGCUAUCAAAAUGUCACAAACUUCUCUUAGAUCAGUCAAGAGCUAGUAGAUCUGAUAUUGGUGAAGAGGUGCUGGUGGACUGUUUGAAAUACAUGGAUUCCUUGUUGGACAAAGUGUCUGACCACCCUCUUUUGGAUCAGUUGUAUUCAAAGAACAGAGAACUCUGGCGAGUUAUUGUGUUCUCUGCAAACAAGCGCCUAUCUCUUGGAUAUGUCAACAGGACAUUAAAACUGGCAGUUCGCUUCCUGCAACUUGCUGAGAAACCCGUAAACUCCAGUAUGCACUCAUUAUGUUCCAGUUUCUCUGAACUUUGCCACAUAGACCAUGCAAACAUUGAGGCAUGGCUGAGAAGGAUCAUCUUAGGAGUUGAAGAAGACAAAGAGAACACUGGAAAGAUGGCAGACAACAGACUGCUUUUACAGACAUUUGCUACAUAUAUUGUCAAGGAGUCAAGCCCUGUUGGUGAAGAAGUAAGCCAUUGCUUAUUGAGAUGCUUAAUUCCACUGGGAAAUGAGCUCCUGCCAGAUGUCCCUGGAGAGUGGAGUAACAUUGGAUCCAAAUUUGGUGACCUCAUGAACACAGCUGCUGUUCUGGCCAGUGCAGGGGAUGGAGCAGGGCAUCUUACACUCUGUGCUGCCAUCAUUAAAUGGCUGGAGAAAUGUAAAACCCAACUUCUAAUGGUAGCAGAAAGUGGUGAGAAAGGAAAAGAGAGUGGUAUUGUAGAAGCUGCUGGGCCUCUUCUCCGUUAUCUAGCAGAGUUGAUGAGAGCUCUUAAGUACUCCUCAGAAAAGGAAUGCCCUCCAUCACCAUCACUUUGCCCAGUUGAUGGUGAGCCAUUGAUGCAAGAUGUAGAAUCUGAUUGGAUGGAUGACAUGGGUGGCGACGAAGAAGACUCUGGUGGAGAAGAGUCGGAUGAAGAUUCUCUUUGCAACAAGCUCUGCACAUUUACAAUGACUCAGAAAGAGUUCAUGAACCAACACUGGUACCACUGCCACACUUGUAAGAUGAAUGACGGGGUGGGCGUGUGUACAAUAUGUGCUAAAGUCUGCCAUAAGGAUCAUGAUAUCUCAUAUGCCAAGUAUGGUUCAUUCUUUUGUGAUUGUGGGGCUAAAGAAGAUGGAAGCUGUACGGCUUUGGUGAAACGCACCCCAAGCAGUGGAGCAGACAGUCAGGUAGCUGUUCCACCAUCACCAUUUGCUACAGGAGAGAUGGAUGAAGGACAUGAUGCUGCUGAAGGCUCCACCUCUGGUAAAGUAUCAUCCUCAGCAAUUGGAGCAAGUUCAUCCACAGCUGCUGCUGCUGCUUCUGGAGUAACAGGUUCAAGUGGAACUGGAAAUGAUGGUGGCCUUGAAGAUUCAGCACUUACAUCUAAGUCUGUGGAGGCCUUGGCAAAGCAGCUUGAGAAGCACAAGAAUGGACUUGUAAGCCAACUGGAGAACUCUUCAGUGAUAACAACAACCUUAGACCUUCUUCAAUGGCUGAUGGGACCUGAGGGGGGAGGGCCUAGUAGUGUUGGAAUGGGAGUGUCUAAGGCUUUAAAGGAUUCUAUGACACAACUGCACUUGACAGAUAAAAGUGUGGAGAACACUGAUCAACUUCUGGUUCCAACUUUGGGUUCUCAAGAAGGAGCUUUUGAAAAUGUAAGGAUGACAUUCAGUGGAGAACAAGGACAAACUAUCAGACAGCUGAUUGGUGCACAUGUCCUGAGGCGCGUUGCCAUGUGUUGUUUGGCAUCGCCAAAGGGAAGAAGGCAGCAUCUGGCAGUUAGCCAUGAAAAGGGCAAGAUUACAGUUCUUCAAUUAUCAGCACUCCUAAAGCAAGCUGAUUCCAGCAAGAGGAAACUAACACUGACACGCCUUGCAACAGCUCAGGUGCCCUUUACAGUCCUCACUAUCUCAGGGAACCCUUGCAAUGAAGACUUUCUGGCAGUUUGUGGAUUAAAGGAUUGUCAUGUGCUGACAUUCAGCAGUUCUGGAUCUGUAGUAGAUCACCUUGCUCUUCAUCCUCAACUGGAGACUGGGAAUUUCAUCAUCAAAGCUGUCUGGCUUCCUGGAUCACAAACAAAACUAGCUCUAGUCACUGCUGACUUUGUUAAGAUCUACGAUCUGUCCCAAGAUGCACUAAGCCCCUUGUACUACUUCCUUCUACCAAGUGGAAAGAUCAGAGAUGUCAGCUUCAUUUUUAAUGAUUCCGACCACAGUUUGAUUCUAAUGUCAUCGGGAGGACAGUUGUAUCUUCAGCCUAUGGAUGAAACCAGCAGUGCAAUCAAUGGUCCUUUCUAUCUAACGAAUACACUACCCAUCGAACAUUCUGAUUUACAAGAUUCCAAUGGCCAAGUUGCCGGUGGAGGAGUGUCAGUGUUUUACUCUCACAUCUUACAACUGCUGUUUUUCAGUUACAGUCAAGCUCUGUCUUCUCUGCCCAUGUAUAGGCCUCUCAACAUAGUGAAGCCUCUUCGAAAGAAGAAAACAUCCAAAGCGAGAGUCAAAUCCACAGCUGUCAGUUUCCAAGUGGAUUUCUUUGAGCACUGUCAGCCAUUUUUCAAUGAAGUAGAGUUUGGUGGAGGAGAUAUUCUUCAAGUUUAUAACAUGCAGCAAGUAAAACAUAGACUGAUGACGGCUGGAAUGUAUAUCGCAAGUACAAAGCCAAAUGGUUUCAAUAUUGAGAUUACCAACACAAACCCUCGUGUUAUUAUGGUUGGUGUGAGAAUUCAAAUUGGCUGUCAGUCAGUGGAGAAGGCGCCAUCCUUCGUGGAAAUCUUUGGCAGAGUUAUACAGUUAACAUUAACGAGAAAUAGAUGGUUUGAUCUCCCAUUUACAAGAGAGGAAUCACUGACUGCUGACAAAAAGUUUUCUUUGUUCAUUGGCCAGUCUCUAGACCCAUCAGGAGUGACCAUGUUGGACUCAGUGAAGGUGUACACAAAAACAAAAGAGGCAUUUGGUUGGCCUGAUGAUCCUCAGGAAGAGAUUCCUUCCACUCCUGGUAUGGGAAGUGCAGCUAGUGUGGACAAUGAGGCGGAAAUUGUUAACUCAGUUCCACCACUGACACCUGCUGACAAACUUGUGGUGCACCUCCUGGAGGUAGUCGAUGGCUGCUUUUCCAGCUUUGUGUCGCAGGAUGGGUCCUCAAGGCAGUCCGCUCUAGAUGCUGCUACCUCACUGAUGACCAGUGCUAUGCCAUCACGUGUUCAACAUCAAGCCCAGACUCUGCUUGCCACUUUACAUCCAUCAAAAGUGUCCUACCACAGCCACAAGGAUCAGGCACAGCUUUCACAAGUAGUAAACUUCCUCUGUAAGCUUGAAAGUCCUUGUGAUGGAGAGGAAACAAAGGAAGAAAACAAAGAUACAGAAGUUGAAGAGACACCACAGACAGAAAAGGAAGAAGAAAUCGAAGAGGUUUUGGUAAAUGUCAGUGAACUUGAUGUAGAAAGUUUCCAGCAUCUGGUGGUGAGUGCUAGAUCUGUAGCCAUUACAAGACCCAGUAAUCUGGCAAAGUACACCAUCCUACCUGAACAAAAGACAACAGAUGAGGGUGACGAGAAACACCAUUUCGCUGUAAGUCUAAUGAAUGCCUUUUGGAAGCUGCACAGCUGUCAACCUGUAAAUCCAGUUCUUUCGCCAUUGUCUUCAAUUGGAUUCCAACAUGUGGAGUCUACGGUGACAGCUCUCGUUGACAUCGUCCAUGCAUUUGCAAUAGCAGAUCCUUCUAAAGUUGGACUUGCAGUCAAACAGUACGUGAAAAUGCUGCUGUGCCAGGACCAAUCUGUCAGCUUUGCCUGCAAACAUGCGUUGAUGCGACUCAUACACAAGCACUGGCAUGGGAUGGGUAAUUCCCCUCCUCAAUGCAACACUCCCGUAGGGGAAGGAGCUGGAGGAGAUGACUUUGAUGGGGAAGAUGAUGAGGCAGACCAGGAUAGAGCUGGUGAAACCCCUCCAGACAGGUCAAGUGCAACUGGAGCAGAUGAAACUGAGGCAAGGGGGCAGGAAGCUGCGGAGGCCCAUGAGGCUGCACCAGAAGAGCCUGCUCAAGAACAAAGCCAGCCAUCAGCAGCAGGGCCUUCCAUAGCAAGUGCCGCCAGUCAUCUGGAGGCCUUACUGCUUGGUGCUGGCGGCCUGCCAGGCAUGUUGGAUCUGCCUCCAGAUGCAGAUGAUGAAGCCAUGGUGGAGCUUGCCAUUGCUCUUAGCCUUCAGGACCAAGCGGGUGGACAAGGUCUAAGUCUUCCUGGUUUGCCACUUCCUGCUGUUCAAGCCAUCGGAAUACCUGUUGAAGCUGCCAUGUCGUCUGAUACAGCUUCAGGUCAAGGAAGCGAAGAUGAGUAUGAAGUUCCACCCUGUAGUGCCCAGGGCUCCUCAGCAGGGCAUAGCGCUCCCAGGUCUCCUUUGCCUCCUGACACGGGACAUAGUGGGGCUGAAUUUGAAAGUGGAAGCAGUUUAGAUUCAGUUGCUGCAGAGACUGGGACCAGCAUAGAAACCAUCGCCAUGGGAAGUGAGCAAGCAGCUGCUGUGGACAGCCAACCUGGCAGUAGGAAUAAUGAAGAUGAGGAGCAGGGUCGGGCUCAUACUUCAGGAGACAAAGAAUCGCAGAUGGAUCAAGAGAAGCUACACUCGCUGAAGCUUCUACUCUUGGAUGAACUGUUGCUUCAUCUUCCUAAGUUGAAAGAUGUUGGUGGUGUCCAGGCCAUACCCUUCAUGCAGGUCUUGCUGAUGCUGAGUUCUGAUUUGGAAGACAGUGAAAGAGACAGGGCAGCAUUGAGUAAAGUGUUGUCGACGUGCUUAGAAGAGCUGAAGCUGGAUCAGAUUCAGGAUGUGAAACACAUUUCAUCUCGAACCAAACAACACGAGGUCUGGCUGAUCAUCAUGAGGCUGUUGAGUGUGCUGAUGUCAAGAACAAAGUCCAGUUCAAAAAGUGGUUCUGUGGCUUCCUCUUUGGUGUGUAGACAAACGUCAGCCACUCUGUGUGAGUUGGGAAUUACAAGUAACUGUCUGGAAAUUCUAAAGACUCUUUUGGAGCACUGGAAAGAGGUGGCCAGCCACGAAGAAGAGGAGCCGUCUGGUAUCGGUGGAGCAUUAUUGAAGCCUCAUCCCACAAGCCCACCACCGGACAUGUCACCAUUCUUCCUAAGACAGUAUGUCAAGGGACACGCCGGAGAUGUGUUUGAAGCUUAUCCACAACUGCUGACUGAAAUGGCUCUGAGACUUCCAUACCAAGUGAAGAAGGUUGCAGAUUCUCUUCAUCUUGACAAUUCCCCACAGUUUGGCGAGGAAUGGUAUCAAAUCUUGUGCGAGUACCUUGUGAUUCAGCAGACUCCAUUCGUGAGAAGACAAGUCCGAAAGCUGUUGCUGUUCCUGUGUGGAUCUAAAGAAAGUUAUCGCCAAUUAAGAGAUCUUCAUGCUCUAAAAUCACACAUGAAAAUUGUCAGGGACCUUAGCAAGCAAGGCGGUUUUAGAUAUGAAAGUUUGAGCAAUCCACCGAUCAAUCUACCAUAUGACACCCUCAUUACACUGAUCGAACACCUAAAGGCAUGUUCUGAAAUUGCGUCUAGUCGUAUCAGCAACUGGCAGGCAUUCUGUCUACGGGAAACAGAUACUCUUCCAUUUCUGUUGAGGAGCAGCUUCCUGUUUGAAGAGGGUGUCACACCUCUAAUGUUACAGUUGUUAGGUUACGCCAUUUGUGAAAUGAAAUCGCAACCAUCAAGCUCUCCACAGAAAAGCAAGAAGGACAAGGACAAAGAGAAGUCAAAGAGCAAAGAUAAGGAUUCUGACAAAGACAAAGACAAACACAAGGACAAAGAGAAGGCUUCAGGUUCGGCAGACACUGGAAGGAGCGAAGCAGCUGCUCAGAGCCUGGUUCAGUUGCUGCAUGACAGUGUCAAUGGAGAAGUGAUGAUUCAGUUUGUCCAGACCUUUCUUUUAGAGUCUAAUGCCACUGCUGUGAGGUGGCAGGUUCACGAACUGCUUUACAACAUGCACAAGUACUCAACCAACAGCCAGCAAGUGCAGUUGUCCAAGUUGAUGUGGAAAAUCUGGCCAUUCCUACCAGACUAUGGCCGACGAGCGGCUCAGUUUGUUGAUCUCCUGGGAUACUUUUCGAUCAAGUGUGAAUCAAGCUCUGAUGAGUUGCAGGAAUAUUGUGUUAAGGCAGUUCAAGUAUUAAUGGCACAGAAUAACGUUCUUGCAAACCAUCCUAACUCCAACGUAUACAGGAUGUUGUCAGGGUUUGUGGAGUUUGAUGGCUAUUAUCUGGAGAGCGAUCCCUGUCUUGUCUGUAACAAUCCGGAAGUUCCUUUCCAAAGCCUGAAGUUGUCUGCCAUCAAAGGGGAUUCCCGCUUCACCACAACAUGUCAGCUUGUAAAGCUGAUUGGAAGUCAUACAAUCUCAAGAGUCACAUUGAGGAUUGCAGAUCUCAAGAGGCAAAAAAUGGUCCGAACCAUUAAUUUGUACUACAACAACCGCACCGUGCAAGCAGUCGUGGAACUCAAGAACAAGAGAUCCUUGUGGCACAAAGCAAAGAAAUGUCACCUCACUCCAGGCCAAACAGAGCUUAAGGUUGAUUUUCCACUGCCUAUAGUUGCCAGCAACUUAAUGAUCGAGUAUGCUGAUUUCUACGAAAAUUUUCAGGCUUCCUCUGAAACUCUCCAGUGCCCUCGUUGCAGUGCAUCCGUGAAUGCCAAUCCUGGUGUUUGCAGCAACUGUGGAGAGAAUGUUUACCAGUGUCACAAGUGCAGGUCCAUAAACUAUGACGAGAGAGAUCCAUUUUUAUGCAAUGCGUGUGGAUUCUGCAAAUAUGCCAAGUUUGACUACACACUUACUGCCAGACCAUGUUGUGCUGUGGACCCGAUUGAGAAUGAAGAGGACAGAAAGAAGGCUGUCGGAAACAUCAAUUCACUGUUGGAGCGGGCAGACAGGGUUUAUCGUCAGCUUGUGUCUCACAGACAGCCCUUGGACCUUCUGUUAAACAGGCUUCUCGAACAUGGCCAGCAAGAACCACUACAGGAGAACAUACCUGCCGCAGCACCCACAGCAGCACAAGUAGUUGCGGGUGCUUCACCAUCCAGCAGUUCUUCUGCUAACACGGGAGUCAAUAAGGCCAUCCAAGCUUUGGCUCACCGCUAUUGUGUUGAAUGCAAGGGCACAUUUGAUGAACUCAGCAAGAUCACUCAGAAAGUAUUAGCCUCCCGGAAAGAGCUGUUGGAGUAUGACUGCCGCGAGUGUAAAGGUCCAACAGAGAGCGGUAGCGGCUCCUUGUUACUCACGUCGGGUGCUAAGGGUUUGCCUGGAGAAUGUUAUGGCUGUGCGUCGGCUGCUAUAGAGCACUGUGUGACACUCUUAAGAGCAUUAGCCAUGGUGCCAGGAACUCGCAAGCAACUGGUGGAAGAGGGCCUUAUACAAGAACUUGUGGAGUUUAACCUGCAUGAAGGCACUCUUCAGAUGAGGAGUGACGUGAGGCAUCUUCUGUGUUUGUUGACCAAAGAUAAUGAAAUUGCUACAAAUCAACUGAAUGAAAUAUUAAUCGGAGCCGUUGGUGAAGCUGUCGGCAGCCAUAAAUCCAACCCUGCAGUGGUCUCAGGAAUCAGUCGGGAAAUGCUACUUUUGAGUAAUGCAGUUGAGAUGGAGGACUCGUGCUGGGAGAUGCGUUUGAGAUGCGUAAUGACACUGUUCAUGAUGUCUGUGGAAGUGCGGAGCCCCCUUAUCAUGGAAAGCAUCACUGUACCCUGUCUAAAGAUCUUGCUUAAACUUGUGAAACCACCAUCGCCCAGCAGCAAAACCAAUAAGGACAAAGAUUGCAAAUCGUUGGGCUCUGUUCAAGGUUAUAGUGACGUGCGCAUCAAAGCCAAGCAGUGGAUGGAUGGAGAUACCAGUCAUACUUAUUCUCAUUGGAAAGCCAUGGCGCCCACCAAAUCCAAAGUGACAACCGGGGAAAGCCGCAGUGAAGCACGAAAACGACACUUGAUGGAGAAGUAUGGCAGGAAAUGGAAAGAGAGGACCAAGAGGAACGAAACAAGUGAUGAGCAGGAUCUGCGCGAGGAGGAGUGGCUGAGACAAGUGCUGUUCACUCCGUCUAACAGGGCGGCUCGAGAGAUGGCUUGUACUAUGAUAGAGUCCUUGUGUCAGAUACCCAGCCGACAGCAGCAUAUGCUGGACUUGCUCACAAGUUAUCUGGAGGAAGUUCGAACUUCAGGAGAGAAUGCGGCUGAAUUCUUCCAGAUGUAUCAGCGGUUGACUCAGCCUACUUACUGGAAAUUUUACAUGGCACUGCAAGGAGCUCUGCUGCAAAUUGGUCAGCUGUUAACAAAGGAAAUAGAGCAUUUGACAUACCUGGAGCAGUACACCCUCAGUUCUGAUCUGUCUCAGGGAUAUGCGUUGAAGAUGUUGGCUGGUAAGGAAAUGGCCAGCAGGUCAUGGAAAGUGCUGGCGCAGAAGUGUAGUACUGUGUCUUUUAAGUCAUUCAGAGAGCAUUCACUUGNCAUAAAAACCCAAAAAUAG